CAGCCUGUUGUUCUCGGAUGAAAUAGCUGAGUUCUAAGCCUCAAGCCCCACAACUAAAAUGUCAAAACUGCCACACGAUUACCUGGAGAGAGUCUAUGCUGGAGUUCUCGGGAAACUUAUCGGCGUAUAUGUCGGACGCCCAUUCGAAAACUGGACUCAUCAGAGAAUAGUCGAAGAGCUCGGUCAUAUUCGCGGCUACGUUCAUGAAAAGGUCGGUGAUCCUCUCGUCGUCACCGAUGACGAUGUCUCUGGCACAUUUCAAUUCGUUCGAGCGCUAGAAGAGCAUGGAUGCCAUCCUGAUAUCUCCUCUGAAGACAUUGGAAAGACUUGGCUCAACAAUGUGAUUGAGAAUCGCACCAUAUUCUGGUGGGGUGGCAGGGGUAUGUCAACAGAACAUACUGCCUUUUUAAAUUUGAAGCGAGGCAUACCUGCACCUCUUAGUGGCGCGAUACGGACAAAUGGGCGGACAGUUGCUGAGCAAAUAGGUGCGCAAAUCUUCAUUGAUGGCUGGGCUCUAGUAGCUCCAGGGAAUCCCAGCCUUGCAGCCAAGUUUGCUCGCGCUGCUGGCUCGGUUAGCCAUGAUGGAGAGGCUGUAUAUGCUGCUCAAUUGUGGGCUGCAAUGGAGUCGGAAGCCUUCAUAUCACAGGAUAUCAAUCAUCUUCUCGAUGUCGGCCUUUCAACUAUCCCUGAAGAGUCUCUUGUUGCUCGUGUAAUCGGAAACGUUCGGAAAUGGGCCGCAGAAGAUAUGGAUUGGAUAAAAACCCGCCAGCGUAUAGAGGAGUCAUAUGGAUACGACAAGUUUCAUGGCAUUUGCCAUGUAAUCCCCAACCACGCCAUCAUGGUAAUGGCUGUACUUUACGCUAGCAAUGAUUUUGACGAAGCCAUGCAUAUCAUCAAUACCUGCGGCUGGGACACUGACUGCAAUUCGGGAAACGUGGGCUGCCUUGUUGCCAUCAUGCUUGGCCUCUCUGCAUUCCAAGGGGGCUAUGACUGGCGGGGUCCAUUGGCAGACCGUGCUCUCAUUUCGAGUGCAGAUGGCGGAUAUUCCAUCAAUAACGCUGCCCGGAUUGCAUAUGAUAUAACCAACAUCGGUCGACGACUAGCUGGCGAAGGUAACCUUGAGCCUCCAAAGCGUGACGCGCAAUUCCACUUUAGCCUUCCAGGAAGCGUCCAGGGUUUUCAGCUUUCAUGGCCGUCUGGCAGUGGGCAGGGCGCUUCAGCUGUGCUGCAGCAGCGAGUCAAUGGCACCCAUGGCCCUGGAUUGGCGAUAGAUGUGAAAAAUCUAGGGAUAGAGCAGGGCCAGAUUGAGGUUCUUACCCAGACCUUUACACCGAAAGAGGUCUUGGAUAUGGAGACUUAUGAGUUAAUGGCAUCACCGCUCCUAUAUCCAGGCCAGGAACUUAGAGCAAACGUAUACACUGGCGAUGAGGGAGUUGGCCAGAUAACCGUCAGGCUAAGGUUGAAGGUAUACGGCCGGAACGAUGAACUGGUCGUGGUUGAUGGCGGUUCUACCUUACUUGACCCCGGAGAGUAUUAUUAUCUACAUUGGAAAAUACCAGAUUCAAUGGACAGCCAGCCUAUUGAGAAGGUUGGUCUCGUGUUUAGCGCCGGUUCAUCAAGCCCUUAUAGUGGUACCGUUUGGCUUGACAGCCUUUCCUGGGAAGGCGUACCUGAUAUGGUACUCAGAGUACCUCGACAGCAGCCAUGUGAAUUCUGGCAUCGUGCUUGGGUCAAUGGCGCCGAUAAUUUCAGCAAAUACUCGUUUCUGAUUGCCCAAGGGCAAGGCGAGGGCAUCAUAAUCUACGGCACGCGAGAAUGGACCAACUACAGUAUCACAGUUCCGAAUUUCACAAUCAAGUUGGGGGCUCCAGGUGGUCUAGCCAUCAGAGUUCAAGGAAUCAACCGUUACUACGCCGUUACUUUCACUGCCGAUAAGAGGAUCAACAUCGUAAAGGCACACGAUGCGCACAGGAGCGUACUCUCAUCUGCGGCGUUUCCAUGGGAGUUGGACUGUACAUAUCGAGUAACUCUGAAAGCUGAUUACCACGAAAUCUCCGUCGAAGUUGGUGGCAUAAAAUUACAAGCUACUGAUAUUCAGUACGAGGGAGGAGGGCUUGGGCUUAUCGCAACAGAUGGCUGUGUUUCCGCAGACUGUUUUGUCAUUUCUUCAGUUUUUUUUAAUAACUAAAUUUGUCUUUCAAUUAAAUUCUUAUAUUAUUUAUGUAAUUGAUCGGGAAGUAGCUUAUAAACGUUCCGUAAUAUCUUAUAAGUAGG